CGCAAAGUCAUCAUAUAGCAUCAUACGUAUGUACACACCUCUUGCUCAAACUCGAGAAAGAAACGCAAAUCGGGAUGACGGCGAGGAGGAAUCCGAAGCCACGAAGCUGAAACUGAGGGGCUGUCUGGCUCCUGAGUGGAUGAAGGCGCGGUUUCCGGAAGACGACCACCCAUGGAGUCGUGCCAUUGCGAACAAGAACAACAAGCAGGCCAACACCCGCAGACCACGAAAGUCCCAAGCUCGGACACUCAGUGAACGCUCAACGGAAGAGCAGAAGCUGGAGAUUGGCGUGAAUUUUUCGUUGGGUGACUGGAUAAGAAAGGAACAGGCUCAUGCUCGCGCAUCUUGACAUAUGAUAUCCAUGUUUUUCGCAAUGUGCUCGAUGUUUUGUGGGGGAGUUGUUCGAUUUUUGUACGUGUUAUCAGUCGAUGUAUCGAAGUGAAUUUGGCUGCAAUCUUAUCUAGUGC